UUCCGCUUCCAUCACUCGCCUCGCCUCCCCCCAGUUAUAGCUGUUUCUCCUAUCUACGAGCAGGCGACUAACAUGGAUAUUGCAAAUCAGUUGGUUGCCGGUGGGCAUUUCAGGGUGCUGAAAGUCCCAUUGGGCUUCAUCAAAGUCUUAGAAUGGGUGUUUGCCAUCUUUGCAUUCUCCACCUGUGGGAGCUACUCCGGCUCCUUCAGAAUGAGCGUGGAGUGCAGAAACAGAUCAGACAGUGACCUGAAAAUAGAUGUGGAUUUUGAGUAUCCCUUCAGGCUUCAUCAAGUGUAUUUUGAUGCCCCCGCCUGCAAGAACGGCCAAAAUGACCGCUUCUUCCUGGUUGGGGAUUACUCAUCCUCAGCAGAGUUCUUUGUCACCAUAGGCGUUUUUGCAUUCCUGUAUUCCAUGGCAGCUCUCAGCAUCUAUAUCUUUGCCUUUGAGAAGUACCGUGAGAACAAUAAAGGACCACUGAUUGAUUUUGGUGUGACAUGUGUAUUCACCUUCAUGUGGCUGGUGAGCUCGGCAGCAUGGGCAAAGGGUUUGUCUGAUGUCAAGACAGCUACAGACCCAGAGAAGGUCCAAGAUCUUAUCCCCGCUUGUGAACAGGAAGGCAACCGCUGCCGUGAAGUUUACGACCCCGUCAUAUCUGGUCUUAAUACUUCUGUGGUCUUUGGCUUUCUCAACCUGAUCUUGUGGACAGGUAACCUGUGGUUUGUAUUCAAGGAGACUGGGAUCAUCGCACCAUUUAUGCGUCAACAGCCUGCGCAGGAGAAGCAGCCCGCCCCUGAUUCCUACGGGCAGGGAGGUUAUGAGCAGCGGGACCCGUACGCCGGCUCCCAGGGUGGCUACCAGCCCGAUUACAGCCAGCAAGGCUACAAUCAGGGUGGAGACUACGGUCAGGGAGGAUAUGACCAGCAGGGGGCACCCACCUCCUUUUCCAACCAGAUGUGAGCGAAGAAAUAUCUGCGGAAGCGGGAGAUGGCUGAAAGAAGUUGAUCGUGUGACUCUAGCAGUGUGGUGCCUGAACCCUACCCACAACCCCACACUUCUCCCUGUUUGUGCGUCUGUGCUUACGUCUGUGAAAGAUAAGAGGGGCGGGAGGGAGGGAAGGGGACAGGGUCUAAUCUCAAAUCACAUAUAGAUGGGAGGGGGAUAGAGAGGAGGGAUUUUAAUGUGCUGUUUAUUAUUGUGAUGUAUACAAAUAAAAAAGUUUGAUCAAAUUUCAAAACACUUGAAUACUGUACCAAACUAUGAAAAGUAUAUGAAUCCUAUUUCUAUAUGAAUUUUGAAUUAAUGAUGUUGACAAUAGUAAUGCUAAACUUGAGAGAAUGUAUUUGUCUGUGCUGUAUAGAUAUCAUUAUAAACUAAUAUAUAUAAAUAUAAAUAUUUCCUAAGGAUAUAUAUGGGAUUAUUCCACUGUAGUCUAGUUAAAUUUAGAGACCCUAAAUAAAUAUAAUAACAAUAACGUGAAAAAUUCACAAAGCCCCACAGAAUUUGUUCCUUGAAAAUGUUUACUUCUGGUGGGUCGUGGUUUGGUACAGUUUGUUCCAUUUCUAUGUUGACCUCUUGUUGGGUAUUUUGUUGGUUUUUAUUUCUUCAUGGGUGGGAUGGAGCACUGAUGUGACUGAGACUGAGGCGGUGGGGAGCGUCCAGGGCUCAUGGAGGGACCACAUUAUUUCAACCAGCAAGCAAAACGGUCAAGGGUAUCUUAAAGCAUUUCUCAUUUCCUGACUGAAAAUGUUGACUUUGUUUAGUUCUCUCUCUCUCUCAAAUCUUUGUCUUUUGAAAAGCACAUGCGUUCUCAGUGCAGAAUUAGCGUGGUUGUUCAUGACACAAUGCAUCUGAGUGCUGUGUUGAUGUAGUGCUGUUUAAGUUAGAGGAUGCUAAAAAUAGAUAUAUGAAUAUAUAUAGACUGGGGUUUUGUUUGUGUUUUGUGAGCACCGGACAGAGAGAAUCAAUCCUGUGUGUGGAGAUGUCAGUAAUGUAGAUAUACGUGCCAGUUUCAAUUUCAUCGAUAUGUUCUUGUUUCCCUCUCUCAAAAGCAUAUACUAUAUUUCAGGAUUUAAGCCUGUGAUAUUGAGGUAUAUUUUCAGAUGUAAAUAUAAAAAUAUAUAUAAAGUACCUGCACAUUCGUUAACGAAUAUCAGGAACUGCUGUAGUGUGAAAUUUCCAUGAUUGGCAUCAAAGCAUCACCCGAAUGCCAGUUUAGAUUAUUUUUCUGCUUGAUCAAUCAUUCAAAAUGCAGAUGAUCAAAAAUAUCUGGUGUAUAUGAUAGCUUGACCUCUCGGCCAGAAUCAAGGGGGUCAUUUAAAUUAUCUAUGAAAUAUCAUUUGAACCGCGUUUAUGGCAGGUAACUGAUGCAAUAAAGUCUUUUGUUUUGUAUAGUAUUCAAACAGUAUAUAUUAAAGUCUAGCACUUUCAGAUGCAAGGAUGCUGAGUAAACAUCUUAUUAAUCUAGUAAAUGCACCAGAUUAGUUUUUGCCCUGGGUUGAUCAUCAUUUCAUUUAGGGCUGAUGCAGCAGACGUUGUUAUGAUGAGAUCCUUUAUAUUAUUGCAUGAUCAAAUGCUCAUAAUGCAAGCUUGCCGAGACUUAUAACUAUCUAUUUAAAUUAUUUUUUUUGGAUUCUUUAAUUUGCCUGCGACUUUGAGGAAAACCAGGUUUCGCUUUUGGGUAGAAGGCCGUCGGCCUGCUAAAUGUAUUAGCGUGUCUCUCCCUCCCUCCCUCAUUCUCUCUCUCUUUCUCUCUCUUUCUCUUCCAUUCUCUGCUCUGGCCCACUCUUCUCCUCCUCCAAAUGAAUAUGCUACUCAACUUCUCCGUUGUUAGUGGUGUUUGAUAUGUCUUGUGAAACUCUCGAUGCCUUUGGGUUGUGCUGUAUUUAAUGUGUAUGAUAUAUUCUUAGCGUUUAUGAAGAUAUUGAUGAAAAUGGUUAUGACCAUGCUGAAAACUCAAUCACCAAAAUUAUCCAGAAAUUCUGUUGUAUUGUUCUAUGGAAUCCAUGAAGGAAAAAUUCAAUAAAGAAUAAGUUAUCUUGUUGAAAAAA